AUGAACAAUCCUAUCAUGACUAGCGUACCGACCGAGGGGGUAGCAACACCGCGCUUUCUCGGCGUGGCAAUUGCCGUCGCAUGCUGGUCCGUGGUUUGGGUACUACUUCUUAACAUCGUGCCUGCAGGAAGUCGAGGCCGCAACCACAUCAUCACGCUGAAUGCGACUCAUGGUGUCGUGUCCACAAUUUCCUCCGCUUUCACGCUUUAUUAUGGACUGGAUACGACAAUCUCUGUAGCCGUCUCGCUUUCAUACUUUCUCGUCGAUCUUGCUGUCAUGAUACAUUUGGAUGGAAUUCGCAAUCUAUAUUCACUCCGCCGAUCGCGACUAAUGGAUUACGGCCACCACGUUUUUGGUCUGUACUGGGGUGUUGUGCUCUUUAUGAAGGAGGCAACCGUGUGUGAACAUUCAUUUGGCAACGCGUACGUAUGGAUGCAGACAAACGAGGUGAGUACAUUCUUUUACAACUGGUUUCGACUCACGGACAGUACAGUGGCGGGCGCAUUAUUUGCUAGCUCUUUCUUUCUGUCUCGCGUGCUUUUUAACACGAUCUACAUCAUUCCAAAAGUGGCUACAAAAUGCAAACCGCUGUACGUGCUAGGCUGCAUGCCGUAUUUUGUUCUUCAGUACGUCUGGUUCUACAUGAUUGCCCGUAAAAUAUUAAUGGCUGCACCCCAGCAAGAUCAGACAGGAAAAGGCAACACGUUGAUUGCAGAUGGAAAUCGCGCAACAACAGAUAGCAAGAAGGACUCUUAG